AUGCGACUGCCAUAUCGAAAUAAGAAGGUCACCCUGUGGGUGCUCUUCGGCAUCAUCGUCAUCACCAUGUUCCUAUUCAAAUUCACCGAACUGCGGCCCACAUGCCUCUUCAAGGUGGACGCCACCAACGAGCUCGCCUCCCAAAUGGUUCGCGUUGAGAAAUACCUCACAGAUGACAAUCAACGCGUUUAUUCAUACAACCGUGAGAUGCCAUUAAUAUUCAUAGGCGGCGUGCCGAGAUCUGGGACGACUUUGAUGCGCGCCAUGCUGGAUGCCCAUCCCGAUGUGCGCUGCGGGCAGGAAACCCGUGUCAUUCCGCGCAUCCUGCAGCUGCGCUCGCACUGGCUGAAGUCCGAGAAGGAGUCGCUCCGCCUGCAGGAGGCCGGCAUCACCAAAGAGGUCAUGAACAGUGCCAUCGCGCAGUUCUGUCUGGAAAUCAUCGCCAAACACGGCGAGCCGGCGCCGCGCUUAUGCAACAAGGAUCCGCUGACGCUGAAAAUGGGCUCCUAUGUCAUCGAGCUAUUUCCGAACGCUAAAUUCCUAUUCAUGGUGCGCGACGGCCGGGCGACAGUUCAUUCGAUUAUAUCGCGCAAGGUGACAAUCACCGGCUUCGAUUUGAGCAGCUACCGGCAGUGCAUGCAGAAGUGGAACCACGCCAUCGAGGUGAUGCACGAGCAGUGCCGGGACAUCGGCAAGGACCGCUGCAUGAUGGUGUACUAUGAGCAGCUGGUCCUGCAUCCCGAGGAGUGGAUGCGAAAGAUACUGAAAUUCCUGGACGUGCCAUGGAACGAUGCGGUGCUGCACCACGAGGAGUUCAUAAACAAGCCGAACGGAGUGCCUCUGUCCAAGGUGGAGCGUUCGUCGGACCAGGUUAUCAAGCCGGUUAAUCUGGAGGCGAUGUCCAAAUGGGUUGGCCAAAUACCCGGCGACGUGGUGCGCGACAUGGCCGACAUAGCGCCCAUGCUGUCCGUGCUCGGCUACGAUCCGUACGCGAAUCCGCCGGACUAUGGUAAGCCAGAUGCAUGGGUGCAGGACAACACGUCGAAGUUAAAGGCCAAUCGAAUGCUGUGGGAGAGUAAGGCGAAGCAAGUGCUGCAGAUGUCAUCCAGCGAGGAUGACAACACGAACACCAUCAUCAACAAUAGCAACAAUAAGGAUAACAACAAUAAUCAGUACACAAUCAAUAAAAUUAUACCAGAACAACACAGCAGACAGCGGCAACAUGUACAGCAGCAACAUCUGCAACAGCAGCAGCAGCAUCUGCAACAGCAGCAAUAUCAGCGGCAGCAGCAACAGCAACAGCAGCAGCAUCAGCAGCAACAUCGUGAGGAGGAGAGCGAGUCGGAAAGGGAAGCGGAACCGGAUCGAGAACAACAAUUGUUGCAUCAAAAGCCAAAGGAUGUCAUUACGAUAAAGCAGCUGCCAUUAGCUGGCAGCAACAAUAACAACAACAUCAACAAUAACAUCAACAACAACAACAUCAUGGAGGACCCCAUGGCGGAUACAUGAUAUCCGCACAUACCCAUAAGACUGCCGCGUGGCAAGCAUUGAACCUGGCUAACUCUCUUGGCUGCCGAUAAGGACAACGAUAAUGAUAACUGUUGCUGCUGCUGUUGCAAGAAACCAAUUUUAAAUUGUAUUAGCCGAGACCUUUACAUGCUUGAUACAUAUAUGUAUUUGCAUAUAAUGUACGUGUAUUAAUGCUUCGUGAAGUUACCAAAAAAAAAAAAAAAAAAAAAAACAAGCAGAAAAGCAAACAAUUAACAAACAACAGAAUAAGUAGUUACACUCUAAAGAACGUUUCGUGACGAAAAGACUUAAAGUUGCAGGGAGAAAUGCCAAUUUAAAAGCCAACCUCGCCCUGCGCCCUUUAAUUCGUAGUAAUUUAAUUUAUGCCUUAAUUAAUAUCUCAUAACUGGAUUUACCUUAAUGCGGGCUGGGCGUUGAAUUAUUAAAUUUAUUGUGCAAUGAAUUGCUUCAUUUGGUCCAUUGAAAUGGUCAGUACAAUUACUAUUACCUUGAUUACCAGCUAAUCGUGUUCAACUGAUAAGCUACUUAAUUUAAUGAAAAAUGGCAUUCAUAUAAUUUAGUUUGAACUUUUGAUUAAAUGCGAUUUUUGAAAUAAUUUAAAGGCGACUAAAAUAUGAUAGUUUUUUGUUUAAUCGUACGGUUGGCAUUUACCCCUUUCCACGUCGUCUUACAGUCCAGAAACGCACUGUAUGCCUAAAUAUUAUUAAAUGUGUUGCAAGAUAAAAUGAUAACCACCAAAAGAAGCUGAAGAAAAAACGAGGAGUUUUUGCAAUGAAGAAGAUGCAGGAAAUCCAUUGCAUACUCUCACCGACCUCGUUUACAAUAUGAAAAGAUAACAAAACAUUUUAAUUUAGUUUAGAACUCUUUUUAAGCCUUUUUUGUACGAAUGUUUUUUGAGAGACUCGUGUCGGUUUAUCACUUAGAACCCCUUUUUUUUGUAUCUGUAAUUGUGUACAUAAAAUAUAAAUAUCUGAAUUAUGUUUCCCACUAAUCGAAUGAAUCUCUACCUGAAAUUCGUCUAUGGGCUCGCGGAAUCUUUAUAGGUUUUUAUAAGAAAUACAUUACAAUAUAAGCACUGUUUAUAGUUUGCAAACGGUAGGACAAAGCAAAACGAAGUGUUUAGAAGUGUUAAAUUUUUAACGAAAAGAGCUUUUAAGGUGUUUAGUUUAAUAACUGUAAUCGUAUAUUAAAAUAUUUGCUGCUGAUGACAAAGAAAAAAAGACGUGAACUAGUAUAGAAAUAUUACAAUUUUGUAAACUUUUUUUUGUGUUGCAAUAAAUUGACUGAAUGUAAAGAAAACCAAUUUAAUAAAACCAUAUAUAUAUAUAUAUAUCUAUAAAUGUAUACCUUAAACUGAGUGUCUAAAUGUAUAUGAAAGUUGUAAUAGAUUUUAAAUGUAUAUGUGUGCGUGCAGUUAAUGAGAGGAAUCGAAGUUAGCUAAGCUAAAUUAUUUGGUCUAGGAAAUGUACUUCAAACUCAAAUGGCUGACAUAGAUCAGCAACAUGAGGUCAAUGUUUUAUUUGUAAAAUGAGAGAUGGCGGCUUUUGGACAGACUGUACUUACACUCGAAGUUUGACAGUUAUUAAAGACUGUACAUUUGGAUUUUGACAGAAUGACAGCUUCUGGGCUAACUGUAUUUCCAACUUUAAAUCUUUCCAUCUUCCUCAGUCAUUUGAAUUUGAAGGUGGUUUUUUGUACCCAUUUUUUUUUUUUUUGUAGCAAGGAGAAUAUCCUUGCACACAGACAGACACUCACACAGACACACGAGCCUUGUCCGUCCUAACUGCUGUGUGUGUGGGCGAACAGGAUGGCUAUAUUAUGUACUUACUUGCCGUUAGCUUUGUGCUCAAAGAAAACUAUUAAUGUUUGUUUGUUAUAUUUAAUUUCAUGAAAUAAAAUGAGAAUUGCUGACAAUAAAUAAGGAAAAAUGAUUGCUUAGAGGAAAUUGAAGUUUAUUUGAUGGCGGCGAUGGAAAAUACCGCUAGCUCGCUAAUAGCUAAGAGAAAGUUAAAGGAAACGAAAGUCAAACAUAAUAUAAAGGAGAAAAGUUUAUAUAAUGUGUGUUUUUUUGUAGUCACAGUGCGUGUCGCAACCAUAAAACUAUUCAGUUUUGUGAUUAAAACCGCAUCGAAUUUGUGAACUAUUAUAAAAAAUAUAUAUAAAUGUGAAACGUAAACUAUUUUUGCUAGCUUUUAAGAUGCAUUUUUUUCUCAAAAUUACGCCUGUAUGUAUGUAAUAUGCAUAACUAUCUUAAUACCCAUGUAUUAUAUAUAUUAUAUUGUACAUUUUUUUUGUGUGUGGAAUUGCUGCAGUUAGGACAGGAAUCCAGUCACCAAUGUUGAGAAACUAACGAUCUACUUGCAGCUGACAGACAAUCAGAGUUUAAAUGAACUUAAAAUUACACUAUAUUGCACUCCGCUCCGUAAUCCCAAUAUUAUUAACCCAACCCGUUGACCCCAAAAAUCCAUCAAACCAUAAUGAAAAACGUAUUUAGCCAAUUGUAAUCCGCGAAAAUAGGUUAACUGUACGCUGCAAAGAUCCGAUAUGGAAACGAAUUAAUUCUAAUUACAACACAUUUUCUGUGCGCAGUUUGUAGCCUAAGAAAAUUGUACAAUAUUGUAUUGAUAACGACAUCCCGGCAAAAGAUAAACGAUGAAUCAAAAAAAAAAUAUAUAUAUCUACGAAAUUAUACUGUACAAGAAAAAUAAAAUCAACUGAGGAAACAAUAAAAGUUAAACAUAAAUGUAAAAUCAUGCAACCGAAAAA